AUGGCCGUCCCAACCCUCAACUACAACCAUUUCAUCUCAGGCACCAAGGAGCAGCGCGAGACAUUCUCUCAUAAUCUGCUAGAUAGCUUUGAAAGAACUGGAUUUGCCAAGCUCAAAGCUCAUGCAUUCAACACACGAGAGCUUACCGAAUUGUUCAACUGGGGCCACAAGUUUUUUGAUCGGCCAUUGGAUGUAAAGAACAGCACCCCAAACGAAACAGGCCCUAGGCCUAUGCGUGGUUACACACCGUGGAGGGUUGAGGAGGUUGGAAAGCUUCACCAUGAUGCACAGGUUAGAAUCAUGAAGGAUUCAAAGGAACAUUUCGACCAAGGCCCCGAAUACGACACAGAGUACCCAAACAAAUGGCCCCAGGAGCCUGAGCUAGCAGGCUUCCAAGACUUCAUGGAAGAGUUUUAUCGCAAGUGCGAUAGCGUUUGCCUAACGCUCAUGGGGGCUCUCGAGGUUGCUUGGGGCAUUGAUGAUGGGUCUUUGGUUGCACGCUGCAUUCCUAGCGCCACAGAUCUCCGACUCACUCACUAUCCCACAAUUCCAGUCGACGAGAUGAAGUCCGGCGGUACAAGCCGAAUUGCACCACAUACCGAUUUUGGUCCUAUCACGUUGCUGUUCCAAGACAGCACCGGUGGUCUGGAGAUCGAAGACCGGACCACUAAAACUUUUGUUCCCCUCCCACCGACUGAUACGAUGGAAAUGAUCGUUAAUGUUGGCGACACGUUGACACGUUGGACUAACGGAAAGAUCACCGGUGGUAUCCAUCAGGUUAUGACUCCCGAAUCGAUGAAGGGGGAGUGCGGCUUGGUGAUUCCACCCCGAAUGUCAAUGGCCUAUCUCUUCAAGGCUGAGCGCAAUACCUCGGUUGGCCCACUGCCCAAAUUUGUCACCAAGGAGUCGGCAAAGUAUCCCGAAAUCACGGCCUUUGAGUUUCAAAGAUGGAAAAAUAGCAUUGUGUACAAUGUGGAAGAGGAAGAACAUGCCCGCAAUUUUGAUCGCUUCAUUGAGACGUCUAAGGCUAUCAGGCUACAGGCGUAA